AUGCAGUUCAUCACGGUUGAUGUCUUCACGGACACGUCCUUCCUCGGCAACCCUUUAGCUGUGAUCAUUGUCGAGGACAAGGAGCGAGCCGCUUUGGGAAAGGAGAAGCAACAGCUCAUCGCUAAGGAGUUCAACCUCUCCGAGACCAUCUUCCUCUACCUCCGGCCCGGCGAGACCCUACAGCACCCGGACCGCUCAUCGAGCGUCCGCGAGGUCAGCAUCUUCACCAUCGAGAGCGAGCUCCCUUUCGCGGGCCACCCGACCAUAGGGUCGACGUAUCUGCUCCUCCAACACCUAGGUUGGGACUUCAUCGACACCAUCAUCCCGCCGUGCGGGCCCAUCCGCAUCAGCAAGUCAGCGGACGGCGGGGUGACGGCGAGCAUCCCACACGACGUCCACCUGCACUCGCGCACGCUGCGUUCGCUCUAUGAGCUGGGCGACAAGGACGUCACAGCCCAGAUCAAGCCGGCGCUCCACGAAGAUGACGCUAUCCGAACUGCCGAGCUCGACGCACCCAUCUUCAGCAUUGUGAAGGGGAUGACCUUCCUGCUUGUCGAGCUUCCCAGCCUCGAGCACCUCGCCAAGGUCGACGUUCGCAAGCGUCUGGACCUCGGUGACUACGUGAGCCUCUUGGAUGCAGGAUCAUGGGGUCACGGAUUCACGGCGAGAUAUUACUACGUCUCGCAGGCUGUUGCUACCGAUGAGAAUGGGGUGAGGAAUGAGACGAUUCGCUCGAGGAUGGUGGAACUUGACUUUGAGGAUCCGGCGACUGGCUCUGCAGCAUCGGCAUUGACGAGCUAUCUGAGUCUGAAAGGAGAUGCCGAUGAGAGCAGGUACCACAUCAUCCAGGGAGUCGAGCUCGGCAGGAAGAGCGAUAUCGAGACGCACAUUGUCUCCAAAGUUGGCCAGGAAGGAACGAGGGCGAUACAAGAGGUGAGGCUUGGUGGUACGGCAAAGGUGGUCAUGAAGGGCGAGAUAUUUCUUUGA